AUGUACCAACCAGUUAAAAAUGAAGUUGAGUUAGAGCUGGAGCUAAAACAUAGAGGCAACUACCAAACGCCGAAGAACAAUGCACCUGAGAGCGAAGUACAUGACCAUUCAGGUGAUGCAGGAAAUCAAGCAGAUGAUCAUUAUAAGCAACGAUUAUCACCAUUUAGGUACCAAUUUCGAUCCUACAUGUUGCCCAUUGUACGACACGAAACAGAUGUGUUGUACAAGUUGCAAUCGACGUUACGAAAUCCUGUGUUUGAUUUUUAUUUUGCUUGGACUGCCAACUUGGCAAGUCAUACAUUCUAUAUCUUGAUGCUUCCCCCGCCUAUUUGGUUUGGUGCUAGUAAGAUGGCAAGAGAUUUGGUUUAUGUCUUGGGAUUGGGGAUAUAUUUAUCGGGGUUCUUGAAGGACUUUUUUUGUCUACCAAGACCAAGAUCACCACCUUUGCAUAGGAUUACCAUGUCUAGUUAUACUACUCAAGAGUAUGGGUUUCCGUCGUCGCAUUCAGCCAAUGCCACUGCUGUGAGUUUGAUUGUAUUGAACAAAAUUAUAACGAAUCAAGAUUCCUUAGGUGUUACGACAUAUUACAGUCUCAUUGCCGGUUUAAUGCUUUACUACUUUUCACUAAUUUUCGGAAGAUUAUACACUGGAAUGCACGGAUUUCUUGACAUUUUUACAGGGUCCGCUGUGGGCGUGAUUGUGUUUUUAUUCCGAUACUAUUUGGGUGAAGCAUGGGAUACGUUCAUGUUUAGCCACGGAUUCUUGUUUGGCACGGCGCUGAUUCUUGGGCUUUAUUUGUUUAUGAUCCACAUUUAUCCGGAACCGAUUGACGAUUGUCCAUGUUUUGAUGAUUCAGUUGCAUUCGUGGGGGUAUUGAUUGGGUUGGAUUUCAGUCACCUUGUGGGUUACCAAACGAGACACUUUUUCAAUUUGAAUGAUUUUGGAGACUAUUAUCUCCUUCCUUUUAUUAAUGAUGGAGGAGCGUUGAAGCUUUUUGCACGAUUCUUUCUUGGUGUUGGCUUGGUUGUUGCUUGGAAAUCGAUAUCAAAGCCAAUCAUAUUUACCAUUCUACCUCCCGUGUACAAAGUUAUUGGUGUUUAUCUACCAAGAAGAAACUAUAUUUCAACUGCCCAUACCAGUGAUUCUACAAGACGUAUUAGAUCUGCGUCUAUUAAAAACGAUGUCGAUCAAAUUGGGAACUUCAACAACUUUAUAAAGGGAGUAUCCGAUCAUAGCAAACUCGACUCCUACGGACCAAGUAGCGAUAUCGACUAUUACGAAAUCAUGGACUACAACAAAGGCAACAAGGGCAAACCAAUCAGCUUGGAGAAGCUCAAUUUCAAAAGCGGUGUAUUCAAGGAUCGGUAUGAUGUGGAGAUUGUUGGUCGAUUGAUUGUUUAUGCAGGAGUGUCGACUGUUUCAGUAUGGGCAUUUCAUUAUGCAGCCAGAUAUCUUAAUUUAUGA